AUGGAUGAAGGCAACAUCAAGACCAUUGCUGUAAUUACGUCAGUGGCCAUGUGGAGAGAGAACGUGGGCGAGGCUCAGGUUCAAAGCGCGGCCGCGCCUGGCUCUAAGGCACGCCCAGCGAGCGGGGAGAGCCGGCCGCGGAGGGGUCCCCGAGGGCCACCUCGGGCGCUGCCUGGAGAAGACGGGGGUGCGGGAGCAAGUUCAAAGCGCGCCCCGCCCGCCUGCAGCGCCCGGCGCGGCGCGCGAAGCCGGGCGGGGCGGGAGGCGGGGCGGCGCGCGGUUGCUAAGCCGGCGCCCCCGGAGACGUUCCCCGUGGCUGUCGCCCCGCACGGCGCGGGGCGGGCGGCGGGAGCCAACGAGCAGAGAGCGCGGCGCGCCUUCCUCGCCGCUCGCGCCGCGCCCGCCCCGCCGUCGAGCCGCGACCCCGCGCCGUGCAGCCCCGCGCCCCGCUCCCGGGCCUCCGCGCCAUGCCCGCCGCCGCGCCCACCCCGCGCCCGCCGCCGCCCCCCGGCCGGCCCGCCCCGGGUAAGUGCCGCGCUGUCCCGCGCCCACCGGGUCGGGGCCGCCGCCGGGGUGGGGGGAGCCCUUCUGUGUCCCGGACUCGAGACCCCGCUCCGUGCGCGAGGGGCCGGCCUGGGAAACGCGGGGGCAUCCUGCGAGGUGCGGGUGCGGCUGCCGGUGAGGGAAGGAGCCCGCGAGGGCGCAGGCCUAAAGUGGAAAACAUUUGAGAAAAUCGCUGAUGGUUUUGAGAUUGAAGCUGUCAUCCUAUAUUACGUGAGCUUAGUGAUCUGCCUUCAGUUUUUAAGAGCACCAACGAUUCACUUUCCACUCUGUGUUUUUGGACAGAGAAGCUCAAAAUUCUCCGAGGAGAGAGCAGGCGUGGUGCCGGUUAAAUGGUCUCUAGGUUUGGUGAAGGUCAAAGGGCCCGUUGGACCCAUUAGACUAAUACCGGGUUGUCCUUUCCCCCCCGCAGGACAUCAAGGUCUCUGUGAACAUUCUCUGAAAUGUUUAAGCUCGAGAAUCACAGAGCGGAAGCUACAGGGCACGUGGCUGCCUGCUGGCCGAGGGAGCCUGGAGAAACCAUUCCUGGGGCUGCGAGGCUCCGUGGUACCCAUGUUCAGCCCCCAGAGUGGCCUUCACCCUGCCCAUGCUGAGAGCAGCCCACUGAAGCCCAGGGUCGUGACUGUGGUCAAGCUGGGCGGGCACCCCCUCCGAAAGAUCACACUGCUUCUCAACAGACGGUCGGUGCAGACCUUCGAGCAGCUCUUGGCCGACAUCUCGGAGGCCCUGGGCUUUCCCAGAUGGAAGAGUGACCGCGUGAGGAAGCUAUUCAACCUCAAGGGCAGGGAAAUCAGGAGCGUGUCUGAUUUCUUCAGGGAAGGGGAUGCUUUCAUAGCCGUGGGCAAAGAGCCACUGACACUGAAGAACAUCCAGGUGGCUAUCGAGGAACUGUACCCCAGCAAAGCCCGGGCCCUGACCUUGACCCAGCACAGCCGGGUCCCGUCUCCAAGGCUGAGAAGCAGGUUUUAUAGUAAGGCUCUGAAAGGGGGUCACCACUGUGGGGAGACCGAGACCAUCAAGGGCGGCGGUGAGGCUGCCCAGUCUCCAGCUGCCAUCAGACAUCCGGGGAAGACCCCCGUGGAGGACAGGGCAAGGGCCCAGAAGAAGUGGAUGAGGGGCACGAGGGUGCCUGAAUCCGGCAGCAAGGCGCCCAGGGAUGCCACCCUGGAGAGGCAUGCCAGCGGAGAGAAGCACCUGGGGGUGGAGAUCGAAAAGACGUCGGGGGAAAUAAUCAGGUGCGAGAAGUGUAAGCGGGAGAGAGAGCUCCAACAGAGCCUGCAGCGGGAGCGGCUCUCUGUGGGCACCAGCGAGCUGGACCUGGGCAGGUGCCCCCGCUACGACGCGCAGAGGCUGGUGAGGACCAGGAGCUGCAGGAGGUCCCCGGAGGAGAAGCCCCAGGGUGGGGAGGAAGCUUGGAAGGAGGGCCCCUGGAGCAGUCCUGGGCACCCCCCUCAGGAGCCGAGGAGACCCAGCAAAAGCGCCGACAAGAAAGAGGACAGAGACCCCAGAGACCAGGAAGGUCAUCCCCCAGUAGCAGCCAAGGCCAAGAGGGACGUCGUCGGGGAAGCCCAGCCCAGCAGAGAGGAGAAAGACAGCAGGACCGCAGGCAGGGGCAAGCAGGGAGGCUGGCUGCGGAGGGAGCAUCCUGCCGACCUCGACCCCGAGAAGCUCCCCAGGGCCAGAGGGGACGCGCGGGAGGCGGAGAAGGAGAAAAAGCCGGGUGCGUCCGGAGGGAGGAGGACGGUUUCCCGAGAUGAGCCGCCGCCGGCCGGGGUAGACAAGGAGCCCAAGACGAGGCCGGAGGAGAGCAAGGCGGAGCGGCCGGGCGGCAGGAGGCGGCGGCCCGCGGGCAUCCUGGUGGCCGACGUGCGGAAGCAGUACGAGCCGGGCCGCGUGAUCGGGGACGGGAACUUCGCGGUGGUGAAGGAGUGCAGGCACCGCGUCACCCGGCAGGCCUACGCCAUGAAGAUCAUCGACAAGGCCAAGCUCAAGGGGAAGGAGGACAUGGUCGACAGCGAGAUCCUGAUCAUCCAGAGCCUCUCUCACCCCAACAUCGUGAAACUGCACGAAGUGUAUGAAACGGACGCGGAGAUAUACCUGAUCAUGGAGUACGUGCAGGGAGGGGACCUUUUCGAUGCCAUCGUGGAAAGUGUGAAGUUCCCGGAGCGCGCCGCCGCCCUCAUGCUCAUGGACUUGUGCAAGGCGCUCGUGCACAUGCACGAGAAGAGCAUAGUCCACCGGGACCUCAAGCCAGAAAACCUGCUGGUUCAGCGAAAUGAGGACAAAUCUACCACCUUGAAACUGGCUGAUUUUGGCCUUGCAAAGCGUGUGAUGAGACCUAUAUUUACCGUGUGUGGGACUCCAACUUAUGUAGCUCCUGAAAUUCUUUCUGAGAAAGGCUACGGGCUGGAGGUGGACAUGUGGGCCGCGGGUGUGAUCCUCUACAUCCUCCUGUGUGGCUUCCCCCCGUUCCGCAGCCCAGAGAGGGACCAGGACGAGCUCUUCAACAUCAUCCAGCUGGGCCACUUCGAGUUCCUGGCUCCUUACUGGGACAACAUCUCUGACGCUGCCAAAGAUCUGGUAAGCCGGUUGCUGGUGGUGGACCCCAAAAAGCGCUACACGGCCCACCAGGUCCUUCAGCAUCCCUGGAUUGAAACUGCUGGAAAGACCCGCAGGGCGAACCUACAAAAGGAGGGGCCCCCCAGCAGCGAGGACCACUUCCGGGGCCACAACUCUCGGGCUGCAGAGCAGACGUCAUAGUCACAGCCUCAGCGUCUGCUCAGCCCUCGGUUCUGCUCGGGGACAGAGAACAGGAUAGAUGUCGAGUAGAAAACCAGUGAAAAAGGCUUCCUCCCAUAACUGGAGAAUCAGGGGAAGGAGAGAAGACACUCAGUAUAUUUUAAAGCGUGUUUUAAAAAGUAAACUUGAGUCUUAAUGUUAAAUGUUGUAACAUAUUUUUAGAUUUUUAGAUUUGA